GGAAAGCUGCAGUAAGAAAAGUCUACCUAUACGCGUAUGAAUACACAUCAACCCACGUUGCUCAAAAUUUAAGACAAAAUUAAGAAUGAAAAACGAAAAAAUAGCAUAAUCAGUCGCCUUAGCCGUGGAAUGCGAUUUUCUUCUUCUUCAACUACCCUACUGAUUCAUUAAUCGCUCGCCUUCAUCUUCUAAGUGUAAGUGCGCAACGACUGAGAAGACCGCGAAAACUCGUAGGGUGCUGGAAUAUGCAACUUUAGUUGUAUGCAAAGGUUUAGAAGUCUGUCAUAAUGGCCUCAAGAGCAAUAUUGCGAAGGAAAAAGUUUCUUUUAGACUCCCUUAAUCAGCACAAUUGCUUGGUUCGAGGGUUUUCAAGUUUUGAUCAUGGAAGUUCAUAUUGGGUUCCUUCUUCACGGAAGAGCUGGGUGGUGAGCUAUUCAUCUUCAAGUACCAAUCAUGUCAAUGAAGAGGAUUCACAUUCUCUAAGCAUUGAUGAAGCUAGAAGUACUUUGACAAAAGAAUUUCUUAGGCGUAAUUUUUCUGGUAUUCCAACUUUGGGCUGCGGAAUUGGAAGAUCAGGUGUUCUUUCCCCAUUGGGAGCCAGGUGGACUAUAGAUUAUGCACGCUAUGUUUCCACUGCUGCAGCAGGUCAGCCCGAAUUAGGAGGUAGUGGUGACGAUAAAAAUGAAGAACCAGCCAUGAAGCAGAAAAAGGAAGCUUCACCAGAAGAAUGUGACCAGGCAGUUGAAGGUUUAAGCACUGUCAAAGCCAAAGCCAAAGCCAAGCAGCUGCAAGAUUCCCAGAAGGGUGCUAAACCUGUACUGAAGAGAAUGUGGGCUAUGCUUUUAGGGAUUGGUCCUGCUUUAAGGGCUGUUGCUUCAAUGAGCAGGGAGGAUUGGGCAAAAAAGUUGAGGCACUGGAAGGAUGAGUUUAAAUCCACAAUGCAGCACUACUGGUUGGGUACGAAACUACUUUGGGCUGAUGUGAGAAUAAGUUCAAGGCUAUUGUUAAAACUUGCUAGUGGGAAGACUCUUUCCAGGAGGGAGAGGCAACAACUGACGCGAACAACAGCCGACAUUUUUAGGCUAGUUCCUGUUGCAGUUUUUAUUAUUGUUCCAUUCAUGGAGUUCUUGCUGCCAGUUUUCCUGAAAUUGUUUCCCAAAAUCAAUUUAUUUAUUCUUUGGCAGAAAGGAAUAACCAAAAAAGAGACAGCCAAGAAAUAUCACAACAGGGUACAAAAGAAAUUUUACGACGUGUUUGGUACAGAGUAUGAUACGAUGGAUAGUAUCAUCAAUAAGGAAGUUACAAUCUUGUUAUUAUACUGUACAAACGAUAAACCAGAUGCAAAGCUUCCACUUUCACAAUCUAUUGCUUUAAGAGCUUCCACCUAUUCUGUAAAAUGGAUCUUGUUGCUCACUCUCUUGAUAAAACUCAGCUCUGAUAAUUUAUACCGCAACAGAUUUUAUAUGCGACAUAGAUGUAGCGCUGGAACAAUAAGACAGCAGGGGGAAUCUGAUGGUCCUUCCCCAUUUCCUUCACAAAAUCUCUCUUCUUUGUUUUAUGUCUACCUGGUCAGAAAGCUUAGAUAUAUGGAAGCUAAGAACAAUAUAUCUUCUAUCUUAAAUUAUUUUGCAGUUCCAUCUCUUCUAAUUUUCAAUCAAUCUAAAAGGAAAAGGAGAGUAGCUCCAGAUCUUGCUAUGUGUAUAACUAUUUUUAACAUUAUUGUGCUCUUUCCUGGAAUUAUAAUGAAGUUGCAUUAUAUCUUUCUCAACCAGCAAGAUGAAUUUAUUCUGUUGAUAUGCCCUUUUGAUAAAUUGUGGAUUUCUAUUUCAAUACUUCGUGUUUUGUUUCUGCAGCUGCGAGAUUGGCUGGACUUAUCUCUCAACCAUUCAGUACCGUCUUCUUUGUUAAUUCUUUCUAGAGCUUUCAGUGUGUCUGGUAAAGUGAAGCCAGAGGAAGCUGUUCAAGCUACACUCUCCUCACUGCCCGAUGAAGUGGUGGACACUGUAGGAGUUACAGCUUUACCAUCUGAAGAUUCUGUUUCAGAAAGGAGGAGGAAGUUAGAGUUCCUAGAAAUGCAAGAAGAACUAAUCAAGGAGGAGGAAGAGAAAGAGGAAGAGGAGCAAGCUAGGUUGAAGGAAUCUGCUUCAAGGCAGAAGGAUGUGGCUUUGGAAGAGAUGAUGACUGCAACGGCUAAAGAAGCAAAAGAAAGAGAAUCAGAAAAAUCUUUGGACAAGCAAGAGCAACUUUGUGAGCUAAGUCGUGCAUUGGCUGUUUUAGCAUCAGCAUCUUCUGUGAGCAGGGAGCGGGAGGAGUUCUUGAGACUUGUCAAUAAAGAGGUAGAGUUGUACAAUAGCAUAGUGGAGAAAGAGGGUACGGACGGAGAAGAAGAAGCCAGAAAGGCAUAUAAAGCUGCAAGAGAGGACAGUGGCCGAGCUGAUGAGCAAGCUGCGGGCGACAAAGUUUCUUCAGCUCUAAUAGACAGGGUUGAUGCUAUGCUCCAAAAGCUUGAACAAGAGAUUGACGAUGUGGAUGCAAAAAUUGGCGAUCGAUGGCGAUUGCUUGACAGGGAUUAUGAUGGCAAAGUAACUCCGGAAGAGGUGGCAUCUGCUGCUAUGUACCUGAAGGACACCUUGGACAAGGAGGGUAUACAAGAACUCAUUGGCAACCUUUCCAAAGAUAGAGAAGGAAAGAUUCUUGUGGAAGAUAUUAUCAAAUUAGCCAAUCAGACAGAAGACGUCGAAACAGCUGAAGCAGGGAAGCCAUAAUACCUUUUUCAGUUGACAAUAAUAUUUUUCUAUGGUUCAAUCUGAACUUUAACUCGAGAUUGAGUUUUCGACUUGGGUUUUGCCCUUAGCAAAGAAAGUGAUGCUUCUUUAAAACCUUUCAUAGAAUAAUUUGCUAUUAUUGGCUUGAUUUUGAUAAUAGAAGAAUUAAUGUUGUGAGCAUACCUGAAUACCAGUUUUGUAGCCGUUAUGUUCCUGUAUAUGACAUGAGAUCGAAAAUUUACGGUUAUUGAGAAAUAAGAUACUAGUCAUCAUAUUAGAAUUGAA